GAGGGGAAAAGGCAUGAAUGUUAAAAGUGCAAAACGAAUACUGGUUUUGGGAAGAAUUGAAAUAUCUCUUCGUUUAAAUACAUUUGUAUAUUGAAAAGGUGUAGUUUUUUCCCCCCAAUUUUCAUGCGAAACCGAACAUAGCCAGUAUCGGCUUUUAUUUUGUUCUAUAUCUGGUACAUAACCUUUGGUACUGUAGUAGUUAUUGAUAUUUAGUAAUUUAUUUCAGAUGUUACCAAUCAAAUUCUUACAUUUAUGUAUACGUAGGUCGUGCGUUUCUAACCAUUUAGUAUCUAAUUGUAAAUUUUACUGCCAGAAAUCAUCUUCAAAAGUGAGAAUAUGUCAAGUACUUUCAAGUCAGGAAUUUGGAAAAAAUGUACAAAUUCAGGGUUGGGUCCGUUCUGUCCGAUCCCAGAAGGAAAUUCUGUUUCUUCAUGUCAACGAUGGGAGCACUCUGCAGAGUUUGCAGGUUGUAGCCAAUGCAGAGCUGUAUAAAAGGUGUCUUACAUUUGGAAGUGCAGUUAAAAUCUCAGGAACCCUGGAAAAAAGCCCACAUAAGAAACAGCUUGUUGAACUGCAGGCAGACAGCAUUCAAGUGAUCGGAGAUUGUAACCCUGUGGAUUAUCCAUUUAAAAUCAAGGAAAGGCAUUCACUGGAGUACAUCAGGCAGUUCCCACAUCUACGCUGCCGGACAAAAACAUUCGGUUCCCUGUUGAGAAUACGAAGUGAAGCUAGUACAGCCAUUCAGUCCUUCUUCAAGGAUAAUGGUUUUGUGCAAAUUCAUACACCUGUGAUCACCUCAAACGACUGUGAGGGUGCUGGUGAACUUUUCCAGAUUGAACCUGCAGGCAGAGAGCAGGGCCCCAGCGAAGAUGAACCCCACUUCUUCUCUGUUCCUGCUUUUCUGACGGUCUCGGGACAGCUUCAUCUAGAGGUCAUGACAGGGGCAUUUCCCUGUGUCUACACAUUUGGUCCCACCUUUCGAGCAGAGAACUCUCAGAGCAGAAGACAUCUAGCAGAGUUUUACAUGGUGGAGGCCGAGAUUGCCUUUACACACAGUCUGGAAGAUAUAACAACGGUUAUGGAAGAUCUCUUCAAAACAGCUACAGAAUGCAUUCUUUCCAGGUGUUCAGAAGACGUAGAGCUGUAUCACAAGUAUGUUGCACCAGGACACAUGGACAGAUUGAAUCACAUGCUGAAGAACAAAUUUAAGGUUAUUUCGUACACGGAAGCAGUAGACGUUCUGAAACACAGUCAGCAGAAUUUUGCCUUCAGACCAGAGUGGGGCUGUGAUCUUCAGACAGAACAUGAAAAAUACUUGGUACAGCACUGUGGUAACAUCCCACUGUUCGUCAUUAACUACCCCUAUAACCUGAAGCCUUUCUAUGCAAGAAACAAUGAGGACAAGCCACAGCACACAGCUGCUGCUGUGGAUCUCUUGGUGCCUGGAAUAGGAGAGCUGUGUGGAGGGUCUCUGAGAGAAGAGCGCCUGGAGCUGCUGAAGUCCCGCCUGGAGAAGACAGGACUGAAGGAUACAUACCAAUGGUAUUUGGAGUUGAGACAGUUUGGCUCAGUCCCUCAUGGUGGAUUCGGCAUGGGAUUUGAACGCUAUCUGCAAUGUAUCCUGGGAGUUGACAAUAUUAAGGAUGUUAUCCCAUUUCCACGAUUUUCUCAUUCCUGUGUACUUUGAACAUAAAAUGUACAGUAUUUGAGCUGAUGUAUGCAAAUGUACAUGAAUUGGGUCCUUUGCUUUUGCCUGUCUUUUUUAAAAUAAAUUAGCUCUGUAUUAUA